AUGACGACCUACAUCCCGCGCAUACCCUACGAUGUCUUCGCGAGCCCGGCCGCGUCGGUCCUCCUGCCCGUCGCCCUCGGCACAGCCGUCGGCUACAGCACACGACCCAAGCAAACCCAAACCACCUACGCCGCCAUGAAGCAGCCGCCCCUGCGCCCUCCCCCGCAAGUCUUCGGCCCCGUCUGGACGCUGCUCUACGGGCUAAUGGGCUACGCUUCGCACCGCGCCGUCUCGAGGAGCGGCGUGCUGGGCGCCGGCUCCGCCGACUCGAUCCGCGCGCUGUACUCGCUGCAGCUGGGGCUCAACCUGGCAUGGAUGCCGCUCUUCUUCGGCGCCCGCCGGCCCGUCCUCGCCCUCGCCGACAUCGUCUCCCUGGUCGGCGUCAACGGCUACUUGACGUACCUGUUCUUCUCGGUCGACGAGGUCGCCGGCUGGUGCAUGGUCCCCUAUAUGGCGUGGCUGGGCUUCGCGACGUACCUGAAUGCCGGCGUGGGGUACCUGAACGAGUGGGACAUCUCCGAGUCGACGCUCGCGACAAGAAAGGCGCUGGGCAAGACGGAUUGA